GCCUUCAGCCAGGCAAAAGGCCGUGGCUCCUUUCUUUCAUGCUCAGAGCUUGCGUCGUUUGCUCGACUCCAGCGCCAGACACCUUCUAUUCUGUAAACGGGGGGCGGGGGGGACGAGGUCGGAAGCGAUUGUCCUAGGAUAAUCAAAAUACUGAAGUCAUCGGUCAGACCCCCGCGCGGAGGGAGCCGAGCGCACGUGCGCAACUCCGCCCCUCUUUUGGCGAAGCAACUGGGCCUGACCCUUCCCGCGCCCUGUAGCGCCGCGGAGGCGGCUCAGAGGGCCCGGCGGGCCGCGCGUCGCCAUGGAGCCCGAUGGGACCUACGAGCCAGGGUUCGUGGGCAUUCGAUUCUGCCAGGAAUGGUGAGGCCUGGGACACCGGGGUGGCGGGCUGGGGAGGAAGGAAUGUCUCCGGGCCUGACCUGGACCCGCCCCGCCCGCAGUAACAACAUGCUGUAUCCCAAGGAGGACAAGGAGAACCGCAUUCUGCUCUACGCGUGCCGGAAUUGUGAUUACCAGCAGGAGGCCGACAACAGCUGCAUCUACGUCAACAAAAUCACGCACGAAGUGGACGAGCUGACCCAGAUCAUCGCCGACGUGUCCCAGGACCCCACGCUGCCGCGGACGGAGGACCACCCGUGCCAGAAGUGCGGCCACAAGGAGGCGGUGUUCUUCCAGUCACACAGCGCCCGGGCCGAGGACGCCAUGCGCCUGUACUAUGUCUGCACGGCCCCCCACUGCGGCCACCGCUGGACUGAGUGACACCCCCCUCUCCCCCGAGCCUAAUAAAUGCCAGGAUUUCCAUGCCUGAAG